AUGCCGUAUUCGUGUGACGUGUUUGUUGUAUACGGUAAUGCAAAACGCAAGGUUACCUACGUGACACCUUUUCCUAAAGAAAAAGUACAUAAUUUGGAGUAUGUCCACAUUAGCUCCACGUUAGAAAGUACAGAUAGAAUAACGCCAAGUGAUGUAGAUAAGGAUUUGGUAAUGGAGACUCUUGGGGUGAAGGUGGCCCGACAAGCUCUCCGACACCCCGACAUGCAAGCACUGAUGAUGAAUGACACAGUCCACUUCGAUGUAAUAAUUGCUGAAUGGUUCUAUUCUGGACUUCUAGCACCGUUGUCAUCAGUAUUCGACUGUCCUCUCUUCUGGUACACGCACAACGACAUCUCGUGGAAGUCUCUAGCGUUGGUACAUGGAACAGUUCCUGCUCCAGCCGCAGACUUAUCUAUAAAAGAUAGGCUGUAUGAGAUGAUGUCACAGCUUCAUUUAGCAUAUCGAAAUUACUACCACUUCAGUACUACGGAAAUGUCAGCAUAUGAAGAUUGUUAUCGUGUUCCUUUUGAAAGCAAACGAAUAGUUUUGCCAAAUUACGAAUUCUUAGUGUACAAUGCUUCCGGACUACUAAUUAACUCGCAUGCAUUGUUUGGGGACAAGUGGUCCCUACCACCCAACGCCAAAUAUAUCGGAGGACACCAUCUGUCAGAUCGUAUUCCGCAAUUACAAAAGAACUUGAAAAAAUUAAUGGACGAUUCGAUAGAAGGCGUUAUAUACGUAGAGUUAGAAACUUAUUUAAUUAAACAUGAUAUACAUCAAAAUCUAAUACAAGAGUUAACUGAAGCAUUCGCUGGAACUAAGCUGAGUGUAAUUUUGAAAUAUGACGAAAUUCUCCUAAACCUGCCCAAGAAUGUUCACAUCAUGAGAAACCCGCCGGCGCAGAGUAUUUUAAGUCAUCCAAAUACUCUGUUAUUCGUGAGUCACGGUGACAUGGCUCACAUCAUCGCUGCAGUACACCAUAGUGUACCACUCAUGGGCAUUCCAGUGUUGCCAGAUCAAGCUUCUAAUAUAGAUUCUAUUGUGAGACAAGGCUUUGCGAUCAGAGUGGAUGUCAAUGAGGUGUCUUGGAAAGUAGAGAAGGGAAUUAAAAAGAUAAUAAGUAAUACAAGUUACAGGGAAAAUAUAGAAUCUGCUAAAGCCGUACUCCGACAUCGUCUAACUUCACCUAAGGAAGACUUCCUCCACUGGCUGCAAGUUUUUACCCUCCCCGGCGCGGCGCACCUCCGCCCCUCUGAGAGGGCGUCCGUCGUAGAAAGAUACAACCUGGAUAUACUGCUGCUGAUCCUCUUGAUCCUCUGGUUCUGCUCUAAGCUGAUCAAACUCUGUAACGCUCAUCUGUACUCUGAUGAGGAUGUGGAGAAGAAGGAAGCG